GAUGGAGCUGAAAAUGGCGGCGGACGGACUACGUUGUGAGAUCCGCGUAAACUGAUUGAUCAGGGGGCUUUUACCGAGGAUUUCCCCGGGCCGUUCAGCAUACUCUAACGGUCAUCUUAGAGACUGGGAACACGGUCUGUCAUGGCGCUGCUCUACGGGCUCUUAUGGCGCCUUCUGCUCUUCCUGCUCCACGUCAACAGAGCGCUGCUCUCCUGGCUCCGUGUCCGUCUCAGGAGCGUCCAGGGCCGGCUUUGGGAGCGAGCGAUAGCCGCUCUCCUGCUGCCGCUGGCCUUAGCCGGGUUCCAGGACCCGCAGAAAAAGUUAACCCAGGCUAACCCCGAUGCUAACGGUAACCCUGUGACCGGGAGCAGGACCGCGGGUCGCCGGGCUCGGUGGCUGUCAGACGGCAGGUCUCUGGAGAAGCUGCCGGUGCACAUUGGCCUCCUGGUGGCCGAAGAAGAGCUGAGCUACACGGACACAGCCAACCUGGUGGUGUGGUGUAUGGCCGUGGGGAUCUCCUAUGUCAGCGUCUACGACCAGCACGGAAUCUUCCAGAAGAAUAACUCCCGGGUGUUGGAGGAGAUCGCGAGGCAGCAACAGGAUCUGCUGGGUGUAGACGGCUCCAAGUACAGCGUGGAGUUCCUGAGUAACGGCAUCGACAAACAGCACCAUAACGUGCUAUCAUGCCGUCCAGCGGUGAAGCUGCUGUGUCCUGAUGAUGGGAAGCAGAGCAUCGUGGCCGCGGCCCAGCAGCUGUGUCGCUCUGUGGAGAACAGAGAGAGGAGCUCUAAAGACAUCAGCGUCACUAUGUUGGACUCUCUGCUCAGAGAGUCAAAGAAUGUUCCAGACCCUGAGCUGGUGGUGAAGUUUGGUCCUGUAGACAGCACGCUGGGCUUCCUGCCCUGGCACAUCAGACUCACUGAGUUCAUCUCCCUGCCGUCUCACCAUGGCGUCUCCUAUGAUGACCUGUUCGGGGCACUGCAGAGGUACAGCGCAUGUCAGCAGCGGCUGGGACAGUGACCCAAAGGCUGCCUCGUGUGCGGACAUGUGUGGACGGUUGUGGCCUUCGCUGGAUCCCUGACACACGGACAGACGGACGGACGGGAAACAGCCGAGCUCUGUCUGAUAAUGAGCUGACAUUCCAGCAGCAGACGGAGACACUUGGAGCUCUGUUUGUCCCUCACAGCGUCCCGUUUGUCCCACACGCUCCAGCUGCUAUUUCCUGUCCAGGACAUUUACUCUCUCAUCACAACAAAGGACUCACAGACGGCGCCGUGUUCAGUAAAGACUCACGGACAGUGCCGUGUGCAGAUGACGGCUGCUCUGAGCUGGGACAGAGAUUGAACCCUGUAAAUAUGAGGAGGAGACAUUUCUGUGGCUCUGUGCUGGUCUCCAUGGCCUCUGGCUUCCAGUCAUGUGUUCAUGUGUUCAUGUGUUCAUGUGUGGUGUAGCUGCAGACGUCCUGUGAGGCUCAACGAGCUCUGAAAUAAACGGAUGCACUGUC